AUGGAAUAUUCGGAAGUUCAUGCGACCAAUACGGGAGAAGGUGAACGACAGCCACUGGCCGACAAGAACAAAACCGACCCGGGAAGCUUGGGCAAAUGCCUUGAUCCUGUGUAUCAAUCCAUCUAUGUUAGUCCCAAAAUGGCCGAGUUGUACUCGCACCUAUCGGAGCAUGUGGUGGCAACUCACCUUUGCUCAGAUCCCGAUGCAACCUGGAUACAUGUCUGUUCUGAACGGAAACACACACAUGGUGCACGACGGGUAGGUAGGCAGCGAAACAGCUCCAGUUACCACAAGCGAUUCGAAAAACGGAAAAGGGGUCGUCUUCCAUCAAUUCCUGCAACCCACCUAAAUGAAAACGUCGAAGAAACUUGGACUGAGGCGAUCCAGUGUGUCCCUACCCUCACCAUCAUCCCGACGGCUAUGUGGUUUGGACUGUCGCACCACGCACUCCAAUCUCGUGGUUUCGCAUUUGUACCAUCUCGAAAUCCGUGUGAGAAAGUAGUGCGUCUACUCUACUGCACUCACGCGUCUUACUCCGAACUGAUUGAAUUUGUGCGGCGGCUACGUCCCAGAAAUGCAGUCGCAUGUGUUGUUCCCCGUGGAGACACAGAGGAGACGCAGGUCCAAGCUCGACUGGAUCGACUUGUAAGGGAAGUACAGAUGGUCGAACAGAACAUAUCUCCGUCCACCGUCGGAUCAUUAGUUGAUUGUUGUGCAAAGAAUUCCGCCACUGGAUCGCCAUUCAUGGAAAGCUUUUUGAGGUUUGCUGAACACCGGAGGCAAAUUCUCGCCUUUUCGGGACAAGAAUUGCCCGCUGAUGACCCUUCCGGGUUGGAUUUCGUAUUCAGUUAGAUCGGUGCCUUACUACACUGCAACCGUUACACUACACCGCUCGAUCUCGUCUUGUCCUUCAUCCGCAGUGAUAUUGUUCGGUCAGUUCACCCGGGAACUUGACAGACUACUUAUUACUCUGUGAUUUCCUUACCUUUUUUAAAAUCCAGUUUUUCUGCUUUUGUCUGUAUUUGGCAAAGAUGUUAACCUUGUGAAUUGUUCCGGUUGUUUUCCGUCGCGCACUUUCAUUCUGCUGUUUUUGUUCUGGCGAUGGCCCUGAACCAAUUUUUCGUGAAUUUUAUAAAAGUUCUGCCAUUAUAAGAUCGCUACUUGCGGGAUUUUAAAACGUCAAAGUUGGAAAACGCAGCCAAAAUGAACGAAAACCUCGACGACUUUACAAAUGUGAUAGAUAUACGAUCGUUAUACUGCGGUUGACUUGAUAUUAUUCGAAACGCUUCAUUCCCUCAUUGUGCAUGCAUAUCUAUAGAAGAGGAUCCCUUGAGGAUGAAAUAUAAGAGGUGCCUUGGAUCGGUGCUUCAUUUGUCGUUCUCAACUGUGGGGGAGAAAUCCCAGUGUCAGACAAGUUCUAUAAAAAAUGGGUGGUGAUUUUGACACAUCG